AAGUCUGCAAUAAAAGUUGUGGAUUUUCUAUCGAAGACAUAGGAGGCAACGGGAGGCAAAGUGAAGACAGAAAAGGCAGGAUAGAAUAGUAUUAUCCGAUAUUCCAUCGAUUAUAACACUCUAAAUUUGCUUUACCCCGGAAAAUUUUCGCUCCCAGUUGGAAAUUUCACUAUGUCUUCCGCUACAUCCAAGUUAAUCAUCCUAACAGUAUGGCUAAUAACUAAAUAACCUGAUAUUGAGAAUAUGAAAGAAAUUCGGUACAAUGAUGGUAAUAAUAUACUAUUCAAACACAAAGGUGGAUAUAGAUCAAGGAAUAGCACACAUUUUUCAUGAAAAUAUCUUACUUUUGUAAAAUCUCUAUUUACAUUAAAGUUGGCAAAUUUUGAAUAAAAGCGAGUUUUUUGUUGAAUUUUUAUGUUAAAUCUAAAUAACAAUAAAAAUAACACCUACAGUAUUUCUCCGAAUGAUUUUAUUUUUCAUGUUUGCUUUGAUUUUGCUUCAGAUGUUUGACCUUACAAUACUACCUACAUAUGACUUAAAAGAAUUGUAACUACAACUACGCUUAAUUAAAGCCUUAAAAUUUCUGGAAACGAAUUUUAGAGCUCGAGCAAGCAAUAUUUUUGAGUUUCGCGUGCUCAGAAUAAAAGCUCGAGCAGAAUAAUGGGGUUCAGGCCAACGCGUGGGUAGCUGUUGAUGCAAAGAAGACCUUUUUAAGCGACAGAGUGCUUCUAACAAAACUGAGCCAGGUGUCUAGUCUCAGGAUUCAUGACCCAGUUCAAAAUCCACCAAGAGAGUCAAAUAUUCUGUUGAUAGCAACGCUGUGUUUAUUUUUUCAAGGCCCUGUCCAUCUCUCCGAAUAUCAAUGUUCCACAUGUUCCUUUUAAAGACAACAAUAUCUUAAACGUUUUAAAAGCAAAUUAUGUUUCAUCUUUCAAGACACUAGAUAUUACGGAUAUGGGUUUGUGUGUUGGCUGCUCUUUGCAGCAUAUUUCAUUAACACACAUACGUAAUCUCCAAAAAAUUGUAUUUAAGUGUAAGAAAAUUACCUAGAAUUCAUGGUUUUGUUGUCUUACUUUAAACGAGUUAAAACUAUUUUGGAUGAAUGUUAAAAUUCUUCUUAAUGUUCACGGAUACAAAUCAUUAACAUAUUCGUAAAAUUGAAUUAUUGCCGAAAGUUGAAAAAGUUACAUACAUUACCAAGUACUAGAAGUACCAAAAAAUCCGUUGCCAAAAAGUUCGGUGGAUUAAUUUUGGGUGGAACAAAUUUCGGUCAUAUUUUUGAAAUUUCAUUUUAAAUUUCGGUGAGAACUUGGAAAAUUCCAGUGGAAAAAAAUCUCGUUGAGUUAAAAAAAGGCACUUUCUAUCAGUUAAUACCAACUUUACCAUAAAAUUACCUGAAAUGCAAUCUUAAAAAUUACAAAAACCGAAUACUAUGAUGUUAGCUUAAUAAAUAUGUAGGAAAAUUAAUUGGUACCAUUUACAAUUAAAAUUUAUUUUAAUCGCCAAUCGUAACAAGGGGAUUAACAGUUCUGAUCGAUUGUAAGUUUAAAUGGAGGCGUCUUAAUUGAAACUUCUGGAACGUUAGCAAGAAAAUAAUUGAGAAAAAUUAUAGCCAUAAAAGCAUCUGCUCAACCCAUAAAGAUUUCAAAUUUCUUGAAUGUGGAGGGCGAAAGAGAAGAAAGUGAAGAUAAGCUGGAUAUCUUCUUUGUUGAUGACGAAGAAGAACCAGAAAUUGAAAAUUGAUAUUUAUUGGAUGUCAAGUAAUACUUAAGGAAUAUCAUGGAAACUUUUAAUUAAGAUCUCGACAUUAUAAUAAAUAUAUGUACAAAAAGCAAGCUUGCAUGAAAAUAUGAAGUUCUUUGCUCCUUUUUCAGAGCACCGUGACAUAUUGCUUUCCAUCAAAUAAAAUUGUUAUGAAUCCUCGUUCAUAUUCACACAAAAUUUCAAUGUAAUUAAUAUUUGAGCCUCUCAAUAUUCACGUUAAAUAACAAAAGACAACAGUUUUUAGAAAACCGAAGGAUUACGCUUUCUAGAUCUAUGGUAUGCUUGUAUGUGGCCAGCUGAUUGGUUGAUUUAUAAUUAACAACGACGGUCUUUGUGAUCUUUCAGAGUCCUGUCGGAUUCCGUUGAUUGUCGAAAGAUGCAAACGGCGUGCUGGAUGCACUUUGUUUGUCGUUAAAAAAUGUUUCAUUUGCAAUGUAGAAAUGACUUGAAGCGAGCUGUUUUGCUUAUCCUCUUGUAAAAUGUAUGGAUUCAUUCACUGUGCAUUACACGAUCUUGUUAUCGGAAAUUUUGGAGAAGAAACAUGGAGACAGAUUUUAAAAGCAGCCGGCAUUGAGCUUGAAGGUGGCCGAUAUCUAAUUCACAAUAUUUAUUCAGAUGAAGAAACGCUGAAGCUCAUUGAAGCCUCUUGUAAUGUAUUGGACCUUCCACUCGAUGCAAUUUUGGAGAAAUUUGGGGAGCAUUUCUUCAAAUACUGCGUUCAAUCUGGCUACGAUAGAAUAUUGAGGGUUCUAGGCAGAAGUCUUCGAGAGUUCCUGUGCAAUCUUGAUGCUCUGCACGAUCACUUGGCAACAAUUUACCAAGGGAUCAAUGCUCCUUCGUUUAGAACGACAGAUCGCAGCGACGGAGCACUUAUUUUGCACUAUUAUUCAGCACGGGAAGGGCUAGAUCACAUCGUAAUUGGCAUUGUGAAGACUGUGGCAAAGGAAAUCCUCAACACUAAUGUUCAAGUUGAUGUGCUUCAGAAGAAAUCUGAAGGUCAAGACCAUACUGUGCUUGUGAUUAAAACUGAACAAUUGUUAAGUCGCAAGCAGAGUCAUUCCAGCAUCAGCGUAGGGGCAUUCAAACCAAGUACGUCUUGUCUCAAACUUGGCACCGCUGGACAAUUGAAUGAAAAACGUCUAAGAAGCAAUACUGCCAAGUCUCUUAUGAGCGUUGCUUCGUUUUGCAAGUGUUUUCCAUUUCACAUUGUUUUUGACAGAUCCCUGGUGAUAAAACAAUAUGGCGUUUGUUUAAGAAAAUAUUUUGACAGAUUUUGCAAAAGCAAAGAAACUAUAUUUACAGAUUUAUUUCAGCUUUCUAGGCCUAGAAUGCAGUUUUCCUUCGAUACCGUACUUGCACAUAUAAAUACUGUCUUUGUUGUUGUUUCCCGAAAUAGCAGUGGGAAAUUUAGGAAAAUAUCCCCAAACCAAACUAGGAGUUGCAGUGAAAAUGCAGCGUCGGCUAGUGAAGCGACGCCGACACCGUCUGACGAACUUCGGCUCAAAGGACAGAUGAUUUACUCAGUGCAGUCUGACUGCAUCGUGUUUCUGUGUUCGCCUCGUUUUGGAAGUCUUGAAGAACUAACUGGGGCCGGCAUCCUCUUCUCCGAUAUCCCGGUACAUGAUGCGACUAGGGAACUUGUUCUCACUGCGCAUGCUCAUGCCUCUUCAAGGGAACUUGUUGGAAAGCUAGAGGGGAGCUCGAACGAUCUUCGUAAGUUACAGUCUCGACUUAUCGAAGACAAAAAGAAAACUGACGACUUGCUACAUGAGAUUCUGCCCGCCAAAGUCGCUGCUAAAUUGCGUCUAAACGAGCCAGUUCCUGGUGAAACGUACAAGCUUGUAACAAUCCUUUUUUCAGAUAUUGUUGGCUUCACCUCUUUGUGCUCCAGUGACAACGUUGUGCCUAUGGACAUUGUCAAGCUGCUGAACAAGCUAUAUACAUUCUUUGAUAUGAUGACAGGUUUCUAUGAUGUCUACAAGGUAGAAACAAUCGGAGAUGCAUACAUGGUAGUCGGUGGGCUGCCGAAUUCAUGCAAUGACCACGCUGAGAAAAUAGCCAAUAUGGCAUGCAGCAUGCUAGAUGCAGUCACCCAAGUUUAUUCUCCAGUUGAUUCACAACCAAUCAAGAUUCGCAUAGGUCUACACUCUGGUCCAGUAAUGGCUGGCGUUGUGGGCCAGAAAAUGCCAAGGUAUUGUUUAUUUGGGAGCACAGUUACUAUUGCCAACAAGAUGGAAGCUGGUAGCCUUCCAGGGAAGGUCAACGUCAGUUACGAAACAAGGCGACACUUGGAAGAUGAGAGAGGUUUGUGGGACUUUGAGAGCAAUUCUUCCCCGAACCCAAUAGCAUGUUAUUUUCUUAAACGCAACAUUGCAGCAGCACGAAAAUCAAAGGUAUUUGAUUUUAGACAGCGCACUACAAGCUCUUGUUUACUAAAGUCUCCGUCCUGCUCUCCAAAUGUAAGUCCUAGAGUGAAGUCUCCGCUACUUAAGUCCUCCAGCAUGUCCCCUUCGACUCUGGCAAGUUGCCCCUUUUCAGCUGUUCUGUCAAGGAGAAAUGUCGAAGAAGUUGGUUCACAGGAUCGGUUCCUAGAAUCUUGAAAAUUGCAAUGAUGAAGCUGGAAAUCUGCGCAACGAAGUCUGCACAUGAUAAAAUUUCUGCACCGCUUUAACAAGCACGUCAUUUUCCACGAAUUUCAAAGAAACACGUAUCUUAAUUAACAAGUGUAGCAAAAAAAUUAGACAGUGUUGCCUAACCUUGUUUGCAAUCGAUGUCGUUUGCUAUAAAAUAUUUGUUAAGAUAGAAAGAUAUUUCUUUUGAUAGCAA